CGUGUCCAGUUUGGCCACUGUUAGCUUGUUAGGACGUAGUUCUGAAUGUAAAAUGGUCCUGGGCUCGGUUCUGCUGUAACAUGCCUCUGGUUGGACCGGAAGCGGAGCAACAGACUCUGACGGAGUGUCGGUACCGGUACCCCACAGAGACUCUGAAGGACCUGCAGUCGGUCCGGACUCGGUUCCGAGACCUGCGGCUGUUUGUGGACUUUUACUGUUUUCCAAACAAGGAGACGAGGAGGCUACUGCACCUGUCGGGAACGCUCCCUGUCUUCUACCAAGGAAGUGCCUACAACAUCCCAGUGUGCGUCUGGCUGCACCAGACCCACCCGCUGUCACGCCCGCGCUGUGUCGUCUGUCCCUCCGUCGCCAUGGUGAUCAACCCAUCCUGUCCUCACGUAGAUUCCUCCGGUACUGUCAGUGUGGACGGGCUGCGGAACUGGACCCCUGGUGUGUCCAACCUGACGCUGCUGCUGUCAGAGAUGAGGCUGGCCUUCCAGAAGGACACGCCCCUUUACGCCAGGAGUGUGGCUCAAGCUCCGCCCCCUGCAGGAGUCAGCUCCUCCCCUUCCUCCCAGAGCCCCGCCCACGGCCCCACCCACCUGGCUGAAGCCAGCCAAUGGGAACAGGACAGCGUCAGGACAUCGUACACCGAGGAGCUGAAAGGGAUCGACUUCGGGGCUCCGCCCUCCUCUGGCGGCGCCAACACUUUCCUUAGCUCCUCCCCUCCAGGUUCUGAUUUUGACCCGUCUGUUGCGGACCCGGCCCCCACUGAGCCCCUCAGCAGAAUGAUGGGAGCUUUGAGGCUGGAUGGAGGCAGGCGGUCAGAACCGAACCAACGUGGUUCUGGAGAUCAGAGUACAGCAGCCGAAGCCGACUUGAGGAAGGUGUCGGCUCACCUGUCUCCAGAUCGGGCCGCCACCUUCAUGGCUCUGAUCACCAUGACGGGGCGGAGCUUCAGCAUCGAUGAUGUCAUAGAGGCGGUUCAGCAUAAUCCAGAUCUCCCUUCAGCGCUGAAGUUCCUGACGCACACCUGUCCGAUCUGUCGUGAUCAGGUGUCCUUCAGCAAGAUCAUCACCAUGACCCACUGCUCCUGCUUCUUGUGUCAGAGCUGCUUCGCUUCCUGUUUCUCCGUUGCCAUCAAGGAGCGCGCCGUCCACCAGCUCACCUGUCCGCAGUGCGGCCAACCAGAGAUCAGGGGCCAGGGGGCGCUAGAGGAGUCCAUGGACUACUUUAACCUGCUGGACACACAGAUCCGUCACUUCCUGCCUCCUGACAUCCAUGAACUCUUCCAGAGGAAACUCCGGGACCGAGCCCUGCAGGAGAUGCCCCGGUUCUGCUGGUGCGCUCACUGUUCCUUCGGGAUGCUCCAUGAAUCGGACCGGUUGAGGAUGGACUGUCCAAGCUGUAGGAAGAGCACCUGUUCCCAGUGCAGGUCACCUUGGUCUCCUCACCAUCAGGGACUUUCCUGUGCAGAGUUCAAGGCGUGGCAACAGCAGACCCAGCAGGACCGGGACAGCUCCAUGUGGGUCUACAAAACCAUCGAGUGUCCUAGUUGUCAGUUCGUCUUCAGCCUGUCUAAAGGAGGGUGUCUUCACUUCACCUGCUCUCAGUGUCGCCAUCAGUUCUGUGGCGGCUGCAGUCAGCGCUUUGCUCUGGGCCCGGCUUGCAGCUUCUCCGCUCAGUGUGCGUCCAGAGGUCUACAUGCGCACCACCCCAGGGACUGCCUGUACCACCUGAGAGACUGGAGCGUGGCCCGGCUGCACCGGCUGCUGCAGCACUAUAGAGUGACUCCUUCCUGGUUGGAACCGUCCAGUGGCAGCUUGGCUCAGUGCGGUCAGACAGUGGCGUGUUUCGUGCCGGAACUGCGAGAUGACAGCGGUGUGACGAAGGAGGAGCCUUGUGGACGGCCGGCGCCGUAUGGAGGAUACUGCCAGGCUCACUACAAGGAGCGUCUGGUGGAGCAGAUCAACCGCUGCGGCGCCGACCCGGCCGUCCUCUUCAGUCCUGCAGAGGUGAUCACAGAGCUGCAGCGAUGGAGCGUUGUCGUGCCAACCAGAAAGCCUGAAGAGCCAGAGCCGCUGUACGCCCAUCGCCUCCGCCUGGUGCUGACCAAUUGCCUUCCUCUCAUGAAGCAGCGAAGCACUCCAUCCGUGACAUCAGCAGAAGCUCCGCCCACUCCUCCUGUCCUGUCAACGUCCCAACCAAUCAGAUGAUGGCUGAUGACUUCAAACAGGUCAAAGGGAACCAAUGAGAGAAGCUUCCAGUCUCAACUACCUGAGCUAAUAGCAUGGGGGCUAACAAGGUUAACGAGCUUCCAUCCUCUCAUUAGCUUUUGGUUUAUUUAAAUUAUUGUUUCUCUAGGAUUGAAUAAACAAACUGAAAUGGUUUUAAACAAGAACUGAGAACCAGGUCUGUCUUGAAAAUGAGAUCUAGAUCUCAGUGGGGUUUAGCUGGUUCGGUAAAGGAAAUAACAAGAACUUUGAUCCUCACGGCUCAAAAUUCAUAGUUCUUUUAAAAAGGUGAAGCUUAACGAGCAUCAGAUUAACGAGGUCAGGGUUCAGGUUCCAGUUGCUCAGUUUUCUGCACUUUAAUAAAUUUGUCAUCUUCUCA